ACCGCGAAAGAAACUGAAACCAAAUCGCCGGCGAACUGACAGUAGGAGAGGAAGUAAGUGACUCACCGGCGGCUUCCUGAUGCUCUCACUCGCGGCAGCUUCCUUCCCAAUCCACCACAACCGUCUAUUCCUCUACCGCACAACUCCGUCUCCUCCCUUCACCGUCCGAUCUUCAGCUUCCGGCGGCGUCCAGGAGAUACAGGAAUCCUCUACCCCGCCACCGUCGACUCCGCAAGACGGAGAAAUAAGCUCGGAGCUCUUCGUCUCCGCGCCGUUUCCGCCGAUUAAAGGUGCCAAGCGAGUGGUGCUGGUGCGGCAUGGCCAGAGCACUUGGAAUGCGGAAGGAAGGAUCCAGGGCAGCUCUAAUUUCUCGGUGUUAACUAAGAAAGGCGAGUCUCAGGCCGAGACCUCCCGUCAGAUGCUUCUCGAUGAUUCCUUCGACAUUUGCUUCAGCAGUCCAUUAACUAGGUCGAAACGAACUGCUGAAAUCAUUUGGGGCGAUCGAGAGGAGGAGAUUCUCACAGACUCUGAUUUGAGAGAAAUCGAUCUAUACUCCUUCCAGGGUCUCCUGAAGCAUGAGGGGAAGGAGAAAUUCGGCGAUUCUUUUCGUCGGUGGCAGUUGGAUGCGCCGAAUUUCAGCAUUGAUGGUCACUAUCCGGUGAGGGAGUUGUGGGCGCGGGCUAGGAAUUGCUGGGAUAGAAUAUUGGAGCAUGAGAGUAGGUCGGUUCUUGUGGUAGCUCACAAUGCUGUUAAUCAGGCGCUCGUUGCUACAGCCAUAGGAUUGGGGACGGAAUAUUUUAGGAUUCUACUGCAGAGCAAUUGUGGUGUGAGUGUGCUGGAUUUCACACCUCGAGCUGAAGGUGGAUCCCCUUACAUUUGUCUCAAUCGUUUGAAUCAGACACCUAGCUCGCCUCUUGCUUCUGGCGGAGGGAGAAAAGCUAGCAAGCGGAUAGUACUUGUGUGCCAUGGAACAAUGCAAGGAAGUGCUGGUGAUCAAGGAAUGAACAUGCUUGGGAUUAUACAGUCCCAGAAAAUUGCAGAGCUGCUUCUUGAUCUGCAAGUAAGCACAAUAAUCAGCAGCACUGAGGAUGUCAGUGUCGACACAUCAGUGGCCAUCUCUAGAGUCCAAGAAGCAGCAGAUUGCCUUGGUGCUGAUUGCGUGCCACGAUAUGUGGAGCUAAAGCGGAGUAAGGACCUUGAUGCGUCAGACAUCCUCCAGCAGUUAAACGAGGAAGGAAGCGAGGGGCAGCUGCUUCGACCCGGUUUCCUGAACAGGUUCGACGAUGAAUCGCUUUCGGCUUUGUGGGAUCAAUCAGGCAAAGCAUGGGAGACUCUGCUGAAUGAAGUAAGCGAUGAAUCUGACCCAGAAAAGGUAGCAGUGGUGGUGAGCCAUCCUGCAGUUCACAUUGCACUGAUGGGCCACUGCCUGAAAUUAACUAAAGAAUGGAUGGGAUCUUUUCAUCUGGAUGCUGGGAGCAUCAGCGUGGUCGACUUCCCAGAUGGAGCUGCCGGCAUAGGUGUGAUCCGUUGCAUUAAUUACACGGCUCAUUUGGGAAGAUGGGCCAUCCCCAUUACUAGACCGACCGCCGACGACGAAGAGUUCUGAUUCUGUAACGCCACAGUGUUGUAUAAACAUAAUUUUUUGCCUAGUCACAGAGGCAAUUACGAAAUGGUUGUAGUGAUGCCAAUGGUGCGGGGCGGGUACCUCAAUUCCCAUGCCCUGCCCCACGCUAUUAUAGGGCGGGGUGGGUAAAAUCCGCGCGGGUACGGGGCGGGGCGAGUCGACCCACUCUUACAUGUUAUUCAAAAAAAAUACAAGUAAAUUUUACUUUUUACGAUAAAACGAAGGGUAAACACUUUAAGAAUGAAAAAAAGUGAUAACAAAAUGGGUAAUUGAGUCUAACAAGUUGAAAGAGCGACCCUAACUAGUUGAAUAAAAGUCAAAAUAGGAGAAAUAUGUAUAGAAAUUGUAAGAAAUUGAGAUAAAAUGAGUCUAAAAUGGGGCGGGGCAGGACUUGUCAGAAGUAGAUACCCAUGCCCCGCCCAUUGCAGGUCAGGUCGGAUAAAAUACCCGCGGGCGGGUUGAAAUUGCCAUCACUAAAUAGCUGUGCUCCUGUGGCACCGCACGAAAUUUGAUGGGCCCAAAUGAGACAAAUGGGCCGAAGUCUGGCUUCGUGGUAGGCCUAACACGACUCCAGUACCCAGGUAGUGAAAGCCAAUCCAUAUUAUGACAUGAAAACUUGGGCCGAGCUAGGGUGAUACAAUUGGGCUGAGAAAUCUUGAGGCUCGAAAUUCGGGCCCCGUGCAUCUUCCCCGGUCAUUCCGAUUCCGGAGGUCGUAGAGACUGAGAAUGUGCUGUACAUUACCAGGGGUUUUGCGGAGGUUUUAGGGUUUAUUUCUUGACGCUCAGAAGAGGGAAGACAGGGAAACACAGAGCUGUGAUGGCUACUUUGGCUGGCAGAUCGACAUGUGCGCUGAUGCGGGCGACGUGUAGUAAAGCAAGAACCUUUUGUCAAUCAGGGACAAUAAGCAAAAGGAUCUCUGUAUCAACUCCUUCAAUUCUUCCCAAUUUGACGCUUCGCGUUUCUCGAACUCCUCUUCCGUCUCCAAGGUUGCUCUCCUUCUUCAUUCCACAAGCCUGUUGUUGAUUUAAGUCUGUGAUUUAUUCUAUUGUUAGUGAUUUUGAUGCGUGUGGUGGGUAAUUGUGUGCAUUGGUUAUCAUGGGAAGAAUGGUGGUGCGACGAGAAUUGAGCUCCCUUCUGCCGUUCCACAGCGCCAUUGCCUCAGCUUGCCUCGUAUCCAAGCUUCCUUCUGAGGCCAGCGCCACCUGUGAAGGUUUUUCUUUUCGCAUUCCACCCUCCAUGCAUUGUCAAAUGUAGUGUUUUCUGAUCAGGCAAUAGGGGAUUAUUCGAAUGCUCAUGAAUUGGGAUUUUGCUUAAAAGUUUUCAGCUUGAUUAUGGUUUCAGAAGGAAAAUGUUAGUGUGAAAUGAUAGUCGUUAGUGUUCCAAUGAAGUUGCAUUAUGAUCUAAAAAGUGAUUGAUGAUAUACUGUGACUGUUUUCGUAUUGGUUUUGAAGUUCUAUACGUAGAUGUCGGAUCACAGAACGAUGACUUGAUUACAUUGAUCUGAACUUUCAUAUGGUCAAGCUUGGGGUUUUGGUUCAUUGAGAAUUGUAGGAAUUGCUCAUGGCUAGCAUAUAGGUUAAAGGCAUUAUUUGAAAGGAAGACGAUAAAAAUUACUGAAUAUCUUUCCUUUUGCACUGAGAUGUAUAGGGUGCAUGAUAUACUCAUCCAGUGCUCAUAUAACUUCCUUUCGUUAUUGCAGGUAGAUUUGCUAACUAUGUGAGCCCCAUCUAGGUUCAACUCCGGGAACUGGGAAGAUUUUUCAUUAUGAUUUACAACAGUAAGCGAAGAAUUGAGAUGGUAGCAAAUUGCUGGUCCAUUUUGGCCAAAUGGACAUUCAGGCUUCUGAGGUUAAUUCCUGAACAUGUUUUGCUUAUAUUCCUUGAAGCAACAGCUUGUAUUGUGAUCUUUCUGAUGAAUUCUUACCAUUUACUUAUCUACAUCUGGUAAUUAGUAAACGAAAAAUUACUAGAUUAUGGUUCUUGUAUUCAAAUGUACGCAUUGACUGACACACUCUAGAUGCUCUUCACUACAGAGAUUGGAAGUGAAUAACUUCUCUGGGCAGUGUUUAUUUGGGGUGUUUUAUGUUUUCCUUGUUAAUUGAUAUAUACAGUUAAAAAUAAGUGGAAAGGAGGGUUUUACUCUGCAGUAAAUUAUGACGCAAACAUGUUUAAAGGUUCUUUAUGAUACCUUAUAGUUUGAGAGAAUGUCAAGCAGGUUGGCAAGGGUAAAUUUUAAGAUCUUGCUAGAACUCUUUGAGGAUUUGUCACUGAAGGAGCAUUUUUCAUUGGAAUGCAUUGGAUAUCAGAACUUAUAGAAUAGAUAAGUAAUGAAAAAUGUUUAGCACGAUCAUAAAUUCUAGAGAAGAGAGAUGGAAACUUUUACACAUUUAGUUUGUUCUGAUGAAAUAGUUUAUGGAACUUUACUAGGUGGAACCAUAUGCCAGAAGUACUUUAUAUAGCUUUACCUUUCUUUCUCAGUGGUUUGAUAUGUCUUCUAGUUAAUAGUCCCAACCAAUUCCUAAACUUGCAAGCAAUCUCAUUUGGAACUUUGGAAGUUAUUGGUUUGAUAAUCAAGUUCCUUCCAACUACUGGAAGAUGAUUAAGAAAGCUUCCUGUGGGUAUAACCUGAUGAAGGAUGAUUAAUUGUUGGAAUACAUUAUUACUAACUUCAAAUCCGACUUUAGAUGUGUCUUUGCUAGAGGGAUAGUGAAGUCUUCUGUUUUCUCCAGUGGAGAAUAUUGGUUCUUAUAAACCGAAUUCUCACUUGAGGAAAGCUAGUAAGUAGUAACUAUGCUUUCUUGCAACUCAAAAUUUACCUCUUCCACCUCUUUUCCAACUUAACCGAACCACAUCAUAUCACUAUUGAAGAAUCAGAUUGUAGGAAGAGUUCUAACUCCUGACUCAACUUGUUAUAAAGGCAGUGGGUUUCCUUGUCAAGCAAUAUCUCGACGAGAAAUAGUUCUCUGAUUGUGCUGUCAAUGCCAUGUGUCGAGCAGGGAGUUUUAACUUGUUGCAGAUAAGUGAUCCAUAGUAUACUAUUUGUUGAUAAAAUAUGGCAUUGGGAGUUGGAUAGUUCCUAUUAUUAGUAGUUCCGUAGUCUAAGCAUUGUUGCUGAUCCUGCUCUCAGAAUUCCUGUCGUGGAAGUUGUUCAACUGCUGUAUUGAAUAUGCUCAUCUUGGUAAGCAACAAGUUUUUGUCUUGGAAUACUAUAGUAGUUUGGUAGAUCAUUAAUUUUCACCUGUCAACUGUCUGAUUUGAAUGAAAACUUCGCAGGUAAAUUAUCAAGUGCAUGAUAGUCUAAAGUACAAAUACUGCAUAAGGUAACAUUAAACUAGAUUCAAGGACAUUGAGAACAACAAGACAAUGGACCCCUUAGUUAAUACCACCUCCUGAUGAUCUGUACUUAGGGUUGGUGAAAUCUAACUUAUUGAACCAGUUUGGUCACUUUCAUGGCUGUGAAAGCCAAUUCCUGAGGUUGAAAUGUCAGAGAACACUGAAGUGAGUCUUUUGGUCCAUAGUUUUUGAAGUAUGGCUAUCAUGUUGAAUGGGGUAGCAGCAGUCGUCUGAUAGCUUACUGGAUUGCUAAGUUAAGGAGGCUUAAACACGUCUAAGCCUACCCCAUUCAUCGGUCAAGCCAGAUCAUAGUUUUUCAUUACAAAUCACAGUUUCUUUCUUAUGGGUUUUAUACAUAUAGAGACAGCUGUUACUUUAUAUAUAUGAUUAUAUCUUCAGGAAGCGACAGUUGUGAUGAUGAUGAUGAAGUAUAGGAAGGAAGGUUUUGUAGUGGAAUUUAAAGUGUCACUUUCAUUUGAUUAUCAUUCCAUUAAAUUCUGUUUGUCAAACAGUGGAAUGAAAGAUUAGGACAAGUUCCCAGAAGCUACAAAAACCUGUCAGAUAGAUUCUUACUUUGCUGUAUCUAACUUGGUUAGCCUUAUGGUUGACCUAAUCUUAGUUUAAUGACAUCAUGACAGGGCUUGCCCCCCUGCUCUGACACUAAUUUUAUGUUAUAGUACUCCAUUGGCACAUGUAGUUAGCUAGCUAAAAUCACAUUAAAUUGUGCAUUAGUCUUACCCUGAUUUAUUAGACUUCAGUUAGAAAACUCCAUUCACACUUUCAAGUGGGUGUUAGUUUAGAAGUGUCACUCCAAUAAUAGGUACAAGAGUUGUCUCAAAAUUUAUAAUAAUUCUAUACUGCAUAUAUUUUAUUUUUCAUGAUAAGAAUUCAACUAUGGGUGGCACACAGAAAUCAGAGAUACUAACUCAACUUGACAGUACAACUACAAACGUGCUAUUUAUUAGAAAUUUGUACAAUAAGCAAAACUGGGUUUUUUUUAAUAUUAUUAUUGGGAGCUUCUAUUCCUUCUUCAGUUCUUUGUGUUCUUCAAAAAUAAGGAAGGAAAAGAAAAAAAACAGUUGGCUAGCUCUGACGGUCUGAUCACUGUUCUUCCUUCUAGAUUAAUAUAUCCAAUUUUUUGCAAGUUGUGGACAUGGGAACACCUAACAAUACAACUAUUGUCCCCCUUCCAUAAUAUGACCUACUGAUAAAAGGUGCAAAAUGGGUUUUUGAGAAGUUGAUGCUGAAGACUGAAGUUGUUCAUCAGGGUUGGCUCAACAUGUAAAAUUCAUUCAUCUGUAUUCUGAUGUUAAAAUGCAGAUGCCAAAUGAUCUUUCAGUAGGGAAUCUGGGAAUUUCUUGGUAUUGUGUAAAAGCCAAAACAGAAAAAGGGUUCCAUCCCUCUUUGAGAUUGAUUCUCACACUGUUUUGUGACUCUUGUUAAUUAGGUCACUAUUUUGCAACCUCUUCUAGUUCAAGCAGUACUUUUGACAGCUACCCUUUUGCUUUACCAAAGAUUCCCUCCCAAGUCCCACCCAUGAACAUGAAGUAUCGUUUCUAGUAGAGUUUUGGAACCUGCACAGGCAGCUACAGUGAACAAUAACUAACAAAGGGAUUAGCCUAGUGGAUGGGAAAACUCCUUUAAAACUACCCAACAGUUUUUCUGGUUUUAGGAACAGCAAAGUGAGAAUCUUUAACAGAGAUCAAUCCUGGAUAUGUUUGUGGUGCUGUUGGUGCAGUUUUCUAUGGUGUUCAAUCUGUUCCAACUUGUUUAGAAAAAGAUUGCAUCUUUUUGCUUUUUCUUCCUUGUGGGUCAUGAUUUCCUUUUGUUGGUGUCUACUUGCGAUACCAGCUUACAUUCUGAGUUCCACUGCAAGUUCACAUACUUUUUUUUUUAGUUGUUUAUGGCAAAGAGGAUGUUGCUGUAUUGGCUGUCUGGUUUUGUUUGUGAGCUGUUGAACUCUCUUUCUUCUUGGAUGCACCCUCCUUGCUUUCGAUGCCGAAGUGUGUGCGCAAAAUUGAUCAUACAAGAGUUAGGAAUUCGGAAACAUAAAUACAUAAUAUAAAAAGAAAUAUCACCCGAGUAAGAGACUAUGAUGUUUGUUAACCAAUUUGUAGGCGAUGAUAUUAGCCUUUCUAUAAACAAGAUAAAUAAGUACGUUUCAUUUUUCUUAUCGAGUAUGAUAUAUUUUUCAAGUAAGUAAUAAUCGGUAGGUGAUUAAACUACCACAAUUCCUCGAUAACAUAUCGAGAUAGUGUGCCACUAAAAUCCCUAUAAGGAAAAAUGAUCAUUGACCCUACCCUGAAUUCUUCCCCAACAAGGCUUGAUCCAAUUGGAAUGCAUGGGAUCAUUUACUUUUGUUGAAUGCAAGUGAUCUUUUAUUACUGUUCUCUUGGGCCAUUCAUGAUGAUCAUGAGAGCAGAUUUGCAGGUCAUAUUAUAGCACAAUUUACCUGGCCAUAUGAUAGAGAGGGAACAUGGCCCUGGAGUGGGUCAAUUUCUUGUUUGUUUGGAGGGUCCAGAAAAGAGAAGUAAUAACUACACUGAUAAUAAUACCAAACAUUAACUGUUCUUCCAUGUUUUUUAAGGGGCAGACUACCCCAUCCUCAAUCCAGCCCUAUCCAUUCCUUCUCUCUUAACAAAGGCAAUCAUCCUAAAUGAUAUUGUUUAGCUUGCAAGUUAACUUCUUUUUUUCCGAGUAUGAAUUCUAGUAAUUGAAAUAUCAGUUCAAUCAUGCAGUAUGAUCAUUCGUUCAUAAACGUAAUAUUUUCCACAGUGAACAACAAUGUGAUGAGGAUCAGUAAUCUCCCAACUCAAAGUCAAUAUCUUUCUCAUCAAGCGAGACCCAUGAAGAUAAAUCACAAUUCAUCUUCAUUUCUUUUGUAGGGGACCUUGGAUUGGAUCUGGGUUUUUUAAUACAAGGUUCCAUUGGAAGCACAUUUAUAAGCCACAUUCUUUUCCUGUUUGUGUCAUUUUGCCCCCAUUUAUUAUGCAAACCCUUAUAAAUUAGAGGUCAUAAGUCCUAAAAGAGUCCCAUGUACCACCAUAUUCCUCUUCAACUCUCCUAUCUCCCCUGCCUGACAGCCUGCCUAACGAUCUCACUUUUAAUAAAUUUGCAGACAAACUAAAAGUCCCAAACAAUUAACUAGUUGAUUAAGGAUUUGAUUAAUGGUUCCUGUCCUUAAUUAAAAGGACAUGGAAGGGACUCUUGACCUACAAACAACUCCAGCAGGAUUUGAUAAUUCAUGGCCAUGGGGGGUUGCAUUGAAUAAUAUAUAUAUUUUUUUGGACAUGGUCCAUUUUACAUUUAUUUCCAACUGCUGCCACAUGAUGCUCUUGUGUUAAAGGAUGUAACAUGUAAACCAUCACUUUGCAAUUUAAUAGUGUGGUUGUUAGUUCUCUCCUUCUCUCUGCUAUAUUUCGUUAUUGUCUACUUCUGCUGCAAUUUUUUUUUGUUUGCCAGGAUUCCUACAUUUUACCAUCCUAAGGUUGAUGAUUCACCAAAACCAUCCAUUAAGUUCCUUCAUGGGACAGAUAGUUGGCCUGCCUAUUCCAUCUGAUUAGGAGAAUGAGGUUAGUUUAUGAAUUCGAACAAAGCCUGCUUUGGGAUCUGCUUGAUUUGGUGGCUUGUUGACUUUAACUCGUGAAUUGGUUCAUUUUAAACCCAUGAACUGGCUUGCUAAUGUGACUAGCAAGCCAGUUCGGCCAUAAACUUAUGUGUGAGUCAAUUAAUAGCUUAUGAGGUGGCUUAUUGACGAUUCAUAAGUUUGUCGGAUUGUAUAUCUCACCGCUUAUAAUGGCUCAAGACUUUGAGUACGUAAACAAAUAUGUAUAUUAGUAAUUUAAAGAAAGUUAUGUAUCCUUGAUAAUUUAGAUACUUAUUAAUAUUAAAUAACAUGAUAGGAAGUAGUUAAAAUUUACAACCUAGAGGAUAUGAUACCAACAUAGUGAGUUGACUAUUAAUGAGUCGAGCUCGUGAACCGAAUGAUGUGAGUAAAGCUUGUGAGCGCAUUAAUGAGCUCAGUUCGAGUCAAACAUGAGCCAAUAUUUCAAUAAACGAACUAACCUCAAUCUUAAUCAAACUCUAUUAAAAUUCAGAUUGAGUCAUUUUCAGAUCUACUUAUCAUAAGUAAAAAUUAUAUCUACUAAAAAAGUGAUUCAAAGUUGGCGUUUAAACUUUACAUCCAGAAAAUCUAUGACCAGCCUUCAAGAUAAAAUCUCAACUUCUUU